AUGACUACCGUGUUAAUGAUUAGAUGUGGAGUAGGCGGAUUAGCGCUUGCCCAGGGAAUUUUAAAAAAUAAUAGUAAAAAUAAAAUAAAAUUCAGUGUUAAACUAUCCGAGAGAGAUACAGGGCCUAAAGACCGUUGGCAAGGAUACCAUAUUGCAGCAAAACCAUCUGGUAUAAAAUCACUUUUAAAUUGCCUUCCAAAAGAACUGUCUGAUCAAUUGCAAACAGCUAUUCCUAAUCCAGUAGAAGGUGAAGAACAUUAUGAUACAGUUAUGGAUCAAGAUGGAAAUACAUUGGUUUCAACGCCUAUUAAAAAAUUCAAGAAUUUGUAUGAAUUUGCCGAGUUAAAAGAUCGCAAAUAUCCAAUUUUUAUCACCUAUAGAGAUAAAAUGAGAUAUUUUUUAUUACAAGUUUUAGACAUACAAUGGAAUAAAAAGUUUGUUAAAAAUGAAUUGGAAGAAAAUGGAACAAGAGGAUUUGGUGAUAUUUUAGUUGGGUGUGAUGGAAUCAAUUCACUAG